GACUGCUUGGAGGAACUGCGCAAGACCGUCGUUGAAAGCCUGCGGAAGGUCUUCGACUUCAGUCGCCUGAAGCUGAAAGAAAAGCUCGUCGACCGCGAGGGCAAUGCGAUCACGGCCUCAGGCCCGGCCAUCAGCAUCGCAGCGUCGGACCCAGGGAGUUGCAGCAAAUCGCUUUGGGAGCUCCACCGCCUCUACGUGAAAGCAGACGAGCAUCUGAACAAAGCAAAGCCAACAUUCAAGCAGGGAGAAGACCCGCAGGGUGGCGUGCAGGUGCAGGCAGAUCGCAUCGCAGGACUCUCCUUGGAUUCGUUUCUCAAGGAUCUACGAAACUUUGCAGCUGGCGAGGCCCGUGAAAAGGCCGCGGAAGCGCUCCGGAACCUGGCGACCAACGCCGACAACGAGAUUGCCAUCGCCCAGGCCGGGGCCAUCUUUUCGCUGGUGGAGCUCCUGAGCCGCGGCACGCCCGUGGGUCAGGCCGGUGCCAUCCCUCCGCUGGUGGAGCUCCUGAGCCGCGGCACGCCUGUGGGAAAACGCCGCGUCAGCACUCUGGGCCUGACGAGCAACUCCAACAACGACUAUGCCAUCCCCAAGGCCGGCGCCAUCCCGCCGCUGGUGGAGCUCCUGAGCCGCGGCACGCCUGUGGGUCAGGAAAACGCCGCAGCAACGCUUAGCAACCUGGCGAACAACGACGACAACCAGAUUGCCAUCGCCAAGGCCGGCGCCAUCCCUCCGCUGGUGGAGCUGCUGAGCCGCGGCGCGCCCAGGAAUCAGGGAUGGGCCGCGGCAGCACUCCAGCACCUGGCGGCCAACUACUCCGACAACAAGAUUGCCAUCGCCAAGGAACGGGCCGCGGCAGCACUCCAGAACCUGGAGGCCAAGUACUCCGACAACAAGAUUGCCAUCGCGAAGGCCGGCGCCAUCCCGCCGCUGGUGGAGCUCCUGAGCCGCGGCACGCCCGUGGGUCAGGAAAACGCCGCAGCAGCACUGGGAAGCCUGACCAACGACGACAACCAGAUUGCCAUCGCGAAGGCCGGCGCCAUCCCUCCGCUUGUGGAGCUCCUGAGCCGCGGCACGCCUGUGGGUCAGGAAAACGCCGCAGCAACGCUUAGCAACCUGGCGGCCAACUCCGACAACCAGAUUGCCGUCGCCAAGGCCGGCACCAUCCCGCCGCUGGUGGAGCUCCUGAGCCGCGGCACGCCCGUGGGUCAGGAAAACGCCGCAGCAGCACUGGGAAACCUGACCAACGACGACAACCAGAUUGCCAUCGCAAAGGCCGGCGCCAUCCCGCCGCUGGUGGAGCUCCUGAGCCGCGGCACGCCCGUGGGUCAAGAACGGGCCACGAAAGCGCUUUGGAUUUUGACCUUUUACCCCGAGGGUUUGGCAGCUGCGAAGGCUGCGGGCGCCUUGGGUCCGGCUGCCGAGCUGAGCGUGCACGGGACCGCAGAGGCCCAGGCGAGCGCCAAGAAGUUGGCUUCGCGGCUGCAGCCCGGACGGUGA